GCGUUAGACCGGAAGAGGGUACGCUACGCACCUGUGGCAUGCCAGCCAUUUAGAAGAAAAAAAACCCCGCUACUGUUAUUACUUUAAAGCUCGUUUCAAGUUUUAUGCAUUAUGUCAACGGCACAAAUACAAAAUAACGAGUCCACAUACUGUAAAGUGUCUUUACCGGACCAGCGCGCUAAGUGAGUUUGGCUUCACGUUGCCCUUAGUUACCGUUAGCUAUCUGUCACAAGCUAGCCAAAUCUCAAAAUUCAAACUCGUGUUGACUUUAAAAGUCCACUCGGUUCACUUUCUUUCCAGUAUUUAAGUAGUCGAUGAAGCUCGAGAAUUCGUCGAUUGCUUUUGAGAAGAUGGCGAUGUCGAGUCUCAACAUCUUGGCAUGGUAGAGAGGCAACAUUGAAGGACGUAUGACGACGAGGGAUUUGCCCGACAUACAAUGUCAAAAUCUCAGUUCAAGAAAAAGGAGUCCACUUCCAGCAAAAUAUCCGACGUGCAGGCAGAAGUAUGUUCAGCACCCAUCACUUCCGCGGAUAGCCUGGACGACGUCUGGCCUGAAUGGAAUGACGGGGAUGUCUACAGGGAGAAAUGGGACUCAGGCAAAGGGCCAGAAGAUCCAAAGAAGCCUCCCGUUUUAAAUCUUUUCUUUGAGGACCCAGAGGGGAGAAUUAGUCUUCCGGCUUCUUUGAACGUGCAGUACUGGAGGCGUCCUGCAGAGUUUCUUGUCAGCAUGAUACCCACAGUUAUUGAAAACACAAACAGCUUUGACCUGGUGUCCUCCAACCAACAUCUGCUACACAGUGAGUUGAUGAGGUGGAUCAUCAGUGAGAUCUACAUCGUUUGGAAACUCUUUCACCACCGCGAAAUUUCCGACCAUUACGGCUGGAAACCUUGGGAGCAUAUCUACUCACUGUGCAAGCCGGGCAAAGGCCACGUGCCGCUCUUCAACAGCUACGGGAAAUACCUGGUGCGCCUCUUCUGGAUGGGUUGCUGGAGGAAGAUAACGGUGGAUGAUUCCAUGCCGUUCGACAAAGACAACAAUCUGCUGCUGCCGGCAUCCAGCUGUCGGACGGAGCUGUGGCCCAUGCUAUUGUCCAAGGCGCUCAUCAAAGUUAUGAACACAAGGCCGCUCAGUGAAAAUGUCAACAGAAAUAAAAUGGAGCAGCUCUCCGACGAGAUUGGAGAGUUCAACUUCAUCCACCAUCUUACCGGCUGGAUCCCGGAAUUCAGUCCGAUAAACUACGUGUGCCGUCGAAAAACAUGGGAUUUCUUACAAGGCAGCAUCCCGGAAUUCAUGCACAAAUCCCCUAAAGAGCAGCCCAAGAAGAGUCGCGCACAAAUGAGGUGGAGUUUGGCCCUCAGUGAACACAGGAGCCAUCGGGACACGGACAAAGGGAGCCGCAAAUUGGUGGUGUGCGCCAGCUUCUAUCCCAAUCAGCUGCAUGACGACCCCUAUAUGUACACAAAAAUGGCCGACUCCUCUGAAGCUCUCCGUCGCUACAACCUCUGUCUGCGCUACAGCCACGUCGUCCUGUUGACCCAGACCCGAACGUGCCCCUUGGUGUUACCCCCCCAGCCUACGCAUGAGCCGCAAUGGAAACUGUUCCGCAAGAAAAGCGAGAACCCUGUGAUCAGCGCCGAACCACAAAUCAUACCCGUGCCCGAACCUGAGGAGUUCAUCGGCAUCGCCAGCCCCUUCAUCGAUCAGCGUGUCAAGACCCCCCCGAGCCGACCCGCACAGCGAAUGGACAAGUGGAACGUUCCGAAGAAGCUGUCCUUCAUGCCCCAUCUGGACCCCAUCCCUGAGGGAGCGGAGAACGAAGGCCGCGAGCCCAUCGACCCCGACGCGGCUGAAAGCGACGUUAACCGGGAGAGUGUCGUCGAGGAAGUCGAGGUUCCCGCAGAGGACAACAAGAAGAAGGACGAUGACGUUGCCUCCAUUGAUCCACCUCGGAGCGUAAAAAAGGAACCCAUAGUCAAACCCAUCCUACCAGAGGCUUGGGUGGAACUGGAAGACUUUCCGAAAUGUUUCUGUCGUUUGUUGGUGUUCCAUAACUCGGAAACGUACCCGCACCAAGCCCAGAAGUCUCUUCUUAAGUGCUCCUAUGCGCGGGGGACGUACUACUUGUGCGUGGACAGCCUGCAGCCUUCCCAGAUCCUCAUCAGUUUCUCUGGCCUGCUGCGCUGGGGAGGACUAGACACUACCAAUGACAUUUCGGCAACUCGCUGCCCCGCCCUUCUCCAGGCUGCCCCGUUCCACUGGAAGAGCAGACAGUGUCAGCCGCCCGUAGUCACCAUCGAGACCAACUGCUCCAAAGCCACCGUGCUGAACCUACCCGAAGGGCGUCAUGUUUUGUCCUUCCACACGUACGCCGAGCUGGGCUACCAUGUGCACCUGUGCAGCAAAACACCUUUCUCCUUUGGGGAGGAGGAUGCCAUCAUGUCGCUCUGUACCAAGGAAAGUCUUCGUUUCAGUGAGAAAGCAAAGAUGAUCAUGCGUGCCCUGUCCAAAGUGGUUGCUUCCUUCCACGACCGGCAUGGCCAAAAGCCUCACGUAAGACAAAGCCUGGAAGAAGCUUACAGUCCCAAUCAAACCCCGCUGGAAAACUGGCAGGUCCAAAAGGUGUUCAGCUUGGCUGUCUAUCAUAUGCUGUGUGAUGCCCUUGGCAGGGAAAUGACCCCGCAGGAGCGCUUUGCUGUACUGGCCCUGACUGCUGACCCUUCACUGCUGGCUAGGGCACGCAGACCGUACUCCCCUGCAUUGCGUGAGGAGUUAAAGCCUCCGGAAACGUGGAUUGACAGGGAGCCGACACCGGAGGAAGUCAAGGCAGCGACUGUCCUGCAGGCUGCCUUCAAGGGAUUCUUGGUGCGAAUGGUCUGCAAUUCCUCCAAAGCAGGCACCAAGGAGAGCAUCCGUGCGUCCGCAGUGCUUUCAGAAAUGUGGUCAAAGGUGGAAUGUGACUUUGACAAACACGCUGCCUCCCUGCUCCGGUACAUGUUUGAGCUCUCCGACAGGGAAACCACAAUCUACCCGUGUCAGAUGGAUGAAUGGACCAAAGUCGUCUUCACCGACUACUCCGUCAACCUCCCGGACAAAGCCAACUCCUGGAUUUUGGUCUUUAGAGAGGUGUUCUUUUUUACGAAGGAGACGUUACUGUUGCCAAAGGUCUACAGUCCGGUCUCGUAUUCUCGCCUGCACGUCAUUAAUAACGACACCGGAGAAGAGCUAAGCAAGCUCAUCACAAGAGUCCCACCCCUUCUUUAUCAACCCAAUGAGCUGGGUUACACGUUUGUCGCAGAGGUCGUCACACCUGAAUCGCCACCCGCGAACGCCAAGUGGACCUUGCGCUUGACUGCCACACGAGAGCCUCUCCCGAAAUUGUCCCACAUGCCUCCGCUCAACACGUUUGCCGUGCAGGAAUUCCAGGAUUAUUACAUUCCCAACAAUAACAAUAUUAUAUGUGGGUAUACUUUGAAGGUGACCGUGCCUCUCGUCGGCACUGUUCACUUUCAGACAUCCAGCCGUUAUGUCAAGAUACGUCUGUCAAUCUUGGAGCAAGAGACGGUGGUUGCCAGCGCCAUCGGCCAAGGCCACGUUGUCAUUCCCGUCGCCAGUUUUCUGCCCAACGAAGAGAAGGAGGAGGAGGAGGAAGAAGAGGAGGAACUAAUAGCUCCCAGUGGCGCGGUAGAGGAGAACCAGCACACGCCCCCGGUCCAGGAGGACGAGAUCAAGGUGUUAGAUGACAGCACGGACGAAGACGACGAGAGCAGCACGUCGGGGAAAUCAGACAGCGAAGAUGACCACUUGCCGCCGCCCACCAAGGCGCCGGAGCACAGGUAUUUGCUGAGGGCAGAGGUACUGCACCACAGCUGGGAUUUGGAUGAGUCCCAAUUGGCUUUCGCCCAUCUGCUCAGUUUCAAAGAAACCCAAGUGUUCUUUCCGGAGGAAUUGAUGGAAUCAGUCACGUCGGGCAGUGAUGAACCAAGUACGGACACAGCCAAAGGCAACCGAAAAGGCGAAGAUGACAAGGGGAACGGCAGCUCCUCUUCUGUCUCCAGAGAUGAAACGGGCCUUGACCUGACCAAGGCCAACUACACGCUGCGUGUGGCUGUCGACAAGAGCCAAGCUGAGAACAUUGUGGUGAAGAAGGAUGUUGAGCGAAUCGAGCAAAUCAAGGCUAUUAAAAGAGCCUGGGAGGCGGCUGAGCCGGGCCGCGCUGCCAAGGCAUGGCAGUUACGUCUCAACUGGAUCAGUCAAUUUUAUCCUCCCAAAGAUGGUGACAUUCCAGUUCCAGAGGUGUCCUCCACCGAAUCGGAUGACGGCUGCAGCCCGAUUCCUCCUGAUGCUCCCAAUAUUCCAAUUGAACAGCUGUUAAGCAUCGUUGUUCCUCCCUUGGACUACACACCGUUCAUCAGAGGAAAAAAUGAUACCCCAGUCCUGUUAAACGCCGAGAUGGAGGACAGCCAGCGGAAGAAGCGCUUAGAAAAGAUCCAGGCUUACCAGAUGGAACGGGACCUGCUGGUGGAGGAGCGCGAGCGCAAAGCCAUCACCAGGAGGGAACGGAUGCAAGGGAUUCUGAUGCUGUACGAGGACCAGCAGACGGCGAUGGUCCAGGAGCAACAGAAAUUCCACGACAUGCGCACGCAGCAGAAUCAAAAAUCCAACGACACCCGCAAAUGGCUUAAUAACCGCAUAAAAAGGAGGGAGGAUAAACUCGCAGUAGAUGAAACCUAACCGGCCGCUCCAUGGAUGCGAAACAAAAUUCCCACUUGGCCUCACGCGAAUCUGUUUGAAGCCAAGACAACACAGCUCAGGGUUUAAUGUUGGCUACGUUAACUCACUAAGAUGCAAAUCCAUCGCUAUUGACAGCAUCUUAUCGAUUGACAAGUGACUGGAGCAAAGAAGUCAAGAUAGGCAGCCACAGUGUGCCAAAGUAUUACAACUUAUGGACCUCAGCGUGAUCACUAAAAAUGGAGUCUUUGAGAAAAAGCUGACGGGGG